AUGGGAAACGAAGUGUUCCUGUUUCGAUCUUGGAGAUUGGUGUUCCUGUAUCUCAGCUGUUUUAUUGUGUUGGUGUUGAGCUCCGUUGAAGGUAUAGUUCACUGUCUCUGUUAUCAAACACCCACAACAAAUAAUUUUUUUCUCUCAUGUGUGUUGCUUCUAAACCAUAAAAAAUGGCUGCUUUAAACAUUGACCCUAUAUUUAUCUGUAAGAUUCUUCUUUUUUUAUUGUAAUAUGAGACGUAAAGGAUGAAAUUAGAUUAAAUUAGAGGCGUGAUCCAUAUCUGUUGAUGAUUUUGUUUUACAGAAAAUCUUUUGACUGGAGACAAAGAUCUUAUCGAGGGUGACAUGAAACUAACUUUAGACCAGAAGAUUGAACUUCUUGCUGGAUCUGGGGGACAAAAGAUCUUCAAGGAUACAAAACUUUGGCCUGGAGGGAUUGUCACAUACGAUAUUGAUACCUCUCUCGGUGGGCGAGCUUAGUAAGCUUUUAUCUUUUAUACUAACUAUUUUGCUAGAGACAAUUCGUUCCGCGCAUUCUCUUAUACGACAUUUAACACACAUAUUUUUUGAAUUUCUAUUAUCCUUUUGACCAGAAGUCCCAUCCGGUAUGAUUUUCAUGGCGGCGCAAAGCUAUCUGGUAUAGCCUUAAAUUACAAACAUUGCAACAGACCAGCAUACAUUGCGCCACAACUUGGUGAGUUUUUUGUUCCCUUUCAGUUUCUGCUACUAUCUCAAGAGACCCUUUUGUUCGUUCGUUUGUUUGUUUGUUUUUUUAAAUUCUUUACUUUCAUGCAUGUACUUGUACCUAAAAAGGUCAUGUGAUACCCUAGCCUUUCAAUACCUUCUCUUGGCAAGCAAAUUGAAGAAACUUAAUAAUCGAGUGUGCAAGGUACGAUGGGAAGGGGAAAAGGCAGGACUUCGUUUCCCCUCCUUUUCCUUCUCAUCGUUUACACUGCGCCUGUACGUCAGGCGUUAGAAGGACAAGAGAAAGGGGGCAAUUAUCAAACGAUUGAGGAGGAGCCGAUAAAAAUUGCCUUUUCCCUUUCAAACGAUUUCUACGUAGUCCACACCACUUCUUCCUAGUGUUAGUGGUGUAGGUGGUGUAAUGUCUAAUCGAUUUUUAACGACGUCAUGGUAAUAAAAUGUAUAUGUAGAUUUAGUGGCUCAAAAGAAGCCUCUGGCGAGUGGAGGUACUAGAGGCACUUCACGGUGUUUUCCAUGGAUAUUGACACACAUAGAAUAAUGCGUACUUAGAUAUUCAGAAGAUAUUUAUGCUAUUAGUACAUGCCGCAUCACCUGACAUCCUAUCGAUCCGUUUCAUUUUAAUUUCAUAUUUGCUCUUGUACAGGAGAAUUGUUGAUCUAAAGAGCAGUGUUUGUAAGAGCUGAAGAUUGUAUUUAUUUAAUAAACACACAGUUAUAUUUUCAUUCUGCAGCACAUGACAUGAAGGCGUUAUUUGCAAUCUGGCUAGCUAUGAAAGAAUUCGAAAGGAAAACCUGCAUUCGAUUCCAGAAGCGAAAAACUGAAAAUGAAUACAUAUGGUUCUACCGUGGAGUAGGGUAAGAUAAAAUUCAUCCGAGUGAAAGUAGGACUCUUCGUUCGGAAAACAGGGAUUCGGAAUUUUAGAGAAAGAGGGAAGCAAAAUGCUACGGUAAACAAUUACACAGACAAUCAAAACAAUACAUUAAAAAAACGAAGAAAAUCCUAAUAUAAAAAGUGCUGCAUAAUAGGGAACACGAGGAUUCCUCACAAAAUGACUGGUGCGGAAUUAGAAAAAAGGUUGUUUUAUAGAACCGAAAUUCGGUAGGGAAAGUGCCUGCCUUUCAUUAAUAAUCGAAUAAAAACGCUUAUUUUGAUUUAAACUAAGUUAAACAUUUUCCUCGAUCCUGUGAAAUAUUCGAGUCAAGUCAAGUCAACUUUAUUUAGGCAGGUUAGCCUUAUCAGCCAUUGGCUGGUAUCAAAAGCAGCCCUGUGUACUUACGACUACACGAUAAAAAUUAAAAAAAAAUUAAAAAUUAGUUUAAAAAUAUGUACAAGGAAUUUAAAAGUGAAUAAAAGGGAAAUUAUAUACUUCAUAAAAAUCACAAUUUGUUUAAGAUUAAGGUGAUAGCCUAGUGAUCGUUACACUUUACCAGUCGGUGAUCAUCUGCCAUGGGUCUAUCUCUUAAUAACGGACUUUCCAUUUGUAAGGCACUUACUGAUUUUCGAGAUGAGAUUAACAAUUCAAAACCCUGGGAUUGCCGAAUUUAGGUUAAUAAUGUUGUUGUUGUUUUCCAGUUGCUGGUCUCAUGUGGGGAAAACAGGAUUAAAACAGCCUAUUUCGCUCGCGCCCGACUGCUGGUUCUAUGGCAUCGUUGUUCACGAGAUUGGUGGGUUGGUCAUUUUUCUUCUAAGAUAUAAACCCAUAUCCAAACGCAAAAGUACACCCAUUUUUCUUAAAAGGGGGUAUAUCCUUAUCCAGUCUUUGGUGGCCACACUUGAUUGGUCACUUUUUUUUGUCUUCUUGUCUUAGUGUUGUCGGGCUUCAAUUUAAACGUUUUUUCUGAUAAAGAUGAUAUUUCUCUUUUAGGGUUCACACCCUUCGGAUUCGCCCCAUUUUGUUAAACUUUAUAAAUACCCUCUGUAAUUGUAAAGCUGUCGAGCGGCCCAAUUUCCCCACUAUUGACGUUACUGCCAAACUUAUUUUCCAUAUAAGGUCAAAUUUAAGUAUUUAAGUGGCUGAUAAUCGAGAAUCAAAGGGACAGCUAGAAAUGCAUCAUCCGAGGUUGAGAAUUUGAUAUGUUUUUAUUAUUCAUUUUCGUUUUCCUGCAACGGGAAUUAGAUCAUACUAUUGCAUUUCCAGUGCCCUGUUGGUAAACAGGCAUUUCAUACGUAUAUUUUUUUUAUUUUCAGCUCAUUCCUUGGGAUGUUUUCACGAACAUUGA